AUGCUCUGUCAGCGCUUCUACCUCGUCGCCUUCAACACCUCUCAGACAAAGUUCCGCAUCCUCAAAGUCGACCGCACACCUACCUUUGCUGCCCAGCUCGGACUCAAUGUCACCUCGGACCGGGUCGUGUAUACGCGCACGCAGAUGCAAGAACUUCUCGAUAUGAUUGCAGAGGGCAACAAGGCCACCGGCGGCCUUCGAGAGGUCGGCCGCUUCUUUGGCAUCGUCGGCUUCAUCCGCUUUACCAGCACUUACUACAUGGUCCUCAUCUCCAAGCGCAGCGUCGUUGCGCUGAUCGGAGGGCACUACAUCUACCACUGCGACGAGACAAAGAUUCUCCCCGUCUGUCAUCCCAGCGUCAUUGCCAGCCUUGGUGCACGGACAAAGGCCAUGGACCAGGAGGAGGCUCGCCUCUUGCAUACAUUCAGACAGGUCGAUCUGAGCAAGAACUUUUACUUUAGCUACACCUACGACCUCACCAACACCCUGCAGGAGAAUCUGACAGGACCGACGACGGGCGCUGAAAAGUGCUCGUCGCACACGGCUUGGGGCUACAAUGAGAAAUUUGUCUGGAACCACAAUCUGCUCUUGCCGGCCUUUCGCUCCUCGGAGGCAGACCCACGCUCCGAUCAGGACACCGCAAGCGAAUGGGUGCUACCCCUCGUCUACGGCUUCGUCGACCAGGCCAAGCUCAGUGUACUUCACUGUACCAUCCACGUCACCCUCAUCGCACGUCGUUCGCGUCAUUUUGCUGGCGCUCGCUUCCUCAAGCGCGGGACCGACGACCAGGGCCACGUAGCCAAUGAUGUCGAGACGGAACAGAUCGUGAGCCAGGCCUUGACGACGCCUUUUUAUGCGCCCGACAAGGACAAGAAAGCGGCCCGAAUGAGCAAGAGCCCACGGCUCUCCGAAGACACUGAAAUCGAUGAAGAGCGUUCAACGCCGGCGUACCUCGGACCCAAUCCUCGCUUUACAUCGUAUGUAAUGCACAGAGGAAGCAUCCCCAUCUAUUGGACCCAAGAUUCCACCAACAUGUCUCCGCGACCCCCCAUCGAGAUUAGUGUCGUCGAUCCGUACUAUUCCUCGGCAGCACUACAUUUCGACGACAUGUUUCGGCGUUAUGGCUCUCCCAUCAUUGUUCUGAACCUCAUCAAGUCAAAGGAGAAGCAGCCGCGUGAGGUCAAGCUGCUGCACGCCUUCAGCGAGUGUGUUGCAUACCUCAAUCAGUUCCUGCCUUCCGACAAGCGUCUGCGAUACAUUGCCUGGGACAUGAGCAGAGCCAGCAAGAGCCGAGACCAGGACGUGAUUGGCGUUCUCGAGGACAUUGCAGAGGAGACGGUGGCCGCCACUAACUUUUUCCAUUCUGGACCCGAACCAAACGGACUCGCGGGCUUCGACGGCCAGGAGGAGCAGAGAAGAAGUACAAUCCUUCUCCAGAGUGGUGUGGCCCGGGUCAACUGCGUCGACUGCCUCGAUCGGACAAAUGCAGCUCAAUUUGUGAUCGGCAAGGCCGCCUUUGGACAUCAGCUCCAUGCCCUUGGCCUCCUCACACAUCCGAGCCUACCCUUCGAUAGCGAUGCCGUCGACAUGCUCACGGAGAUGUACCACGAUCUCGGCGACACGAUUGCGCUCCAGUACGGCGGGUCGCAUCUCGUCAAUACAAUGGAGACUUACCGCAAGAUCAACCAGUGGACAUCACACUCGCGCGACAUGCUUGAGGGACUGAAGCGGUAUUAUGCAAACAGCUUUGUCGAUGCAGACAAACAGGCGGCCAUCAAUCUCUUUCUGGGUGCAGACAGCGACACGGCGUUUCCCUCACGCAACGUUCAGGAGAGCUAUCAGCAGUGGUACACGCCAGAGUACCUCGAGACCAGCGUCUCGCUCGCGGAGCGUCAACGCAGACUCGCCGAUCUCGUGUUGCACGACGGCAACUUCUGGGCAGAGUACUAUCGACCAAGCCUGUUCACCGAGUGA